UAUGAGUAAUAUGUUUUAUAAUUGAAUAUAUAAAUAAUAUCUUAUGAUUAGUAUCAUAUAUUAAUAAAGUCGCGCACUAUGACAAACAGCAGUGAAGUGAGGAAUAGGACGGCAAUAGCGCCUUCAUCAUGAAUAACAGUAGAAUUGAAAUAUGCGUGAACGAGGGAAAAUUAAUUGGUAUCACAGAAAGAGAUGUUUAUGACGAUUAUUACAUCGCCUUUUGAGGAAUACCAUAUGCGAAACCGCCGAUUGGAGAACUCAGAUUUAAAAGAAUCGCACCAUGUGCGCAAAUGGGUCAUCCUAUGAACGCAUUUUACAUAUUUAGGAUCCGGUACCAGCAGAACCGUGGUCCGGUAGUAGAGACGCCUCGAAGUAUGGAAACAACUCUGUUCAAAUAAAUCUAUUAACAAAUAAAAUAGUGGGCAAUGAAGAUUGUCUCUAUUUAAAUGUAUUUAUCAAGAAAAUCAAACCUGGGAAGAAACGCGCGAUAAUGGUAUGGAUACACGGCGGUAGUUUUAGUAGAGGUUCCGGUGAUGCAACCAUGCACGGACCCGAUUACAUAGUGCAGAAAGACGUAGUUUUGGUUACCUUAAAUUAUAGACUAGGUGCUCUAGGAUUUUUGAACCUCAACGAUAAAGUGGCAACGGGUAAUCAAGGUCUAAAAGAUGUAAUUUUGGCAUUACAAUGGGUUCAAAGAAAUAUAUAACAGUUUGAUGGAGAUCCAGAAAAUGUCACUAUCUUCGACGAAAGUGCUGACGGAGUCAUCGCACAUUGUUUAACUUUGUCUCCGUUAGCCAAAGGUUUAUUUCACAAAGCGAUAUUACAAAGCGGAGUUAUGAGAUGUCCUUGGGCCUAAAUUGAACAACAGUCACAUUCGAUGAACAAAGGUUUUCGGCUUGCCGAAAAACUUGGCAAAGUAACCACAAAUCCAAAAGUCGCUUACGAAUUUCUCAAAAUAAUUGAUGCAAAGAAGCUUAUAGAGACUCAAGAAAAAUUUCUCUUGACAAAAACGGAGAUUCAACAACACUGUUCCAUGGUGAAAAUGGGCCUAAGAUUUACACCUACUUCGGAUAACGAAUCAUCGAAACCAGUUUUUCCGGGAGACUUAAAGAAAUUUAUGAAUCGCGGGGUUAAGGUACCAUUACUUAUAGGUUUCACCAAUUGCGAGGGAUCUUUUAUUGUAAGCAGUAAUAUUUGCGGAUAUUUUACUAAAGAAGAAUUAAAAAAAUUCGAUUCCGAUUUUAAAAACUCCAGCAUACAUUCCAGCAUUUUAUCUAUGCUGCCAAAGAUAUCAGUUACAGUUGAGAACCUGCGAACUUUAUAUUUUGGUGAUAAAGCAAUAUCAGAGGAAACUAUGGCAAAUUACGUUGAUUUUCUUAAUGACGAGUUAAUGUAUCGUAGUGUAAUGGAAGUAAUAGAUAUUCAGACCAAGCUGAAUCAUAACAAAGCGACAUAUUUGUAUAAAUUUUCAUACGAGAGUGAAAAUUCUGUCAUGAAAAAACUAUUAGAUAUUAAAUACCCAGGUGCGUGUCAUGGCGAGGAAUUGCCGUACUUGUUUCAUUUUUCUAAGAGAAAAAAUUUAGGUAUAUCUCUACCUGCGGUUGAUUCGAAAGAUGGUAAGAUGAUACACCACUUAACACAAAUGUGGACGGAUUUUGCCAAAACAGGAAAUCCAACGUCUACUACGAAUGCAUGGUUACCGGUGACCGGUUCACAGGGACAAAACAAUUAUAUAAAUAUUGAUGUAAAUUCGCAAAUGAACGUCUUCCGUAAAGGAGAAGAAAGUUGGAAUUGGGAAGAGAAGAAACAUAAAUUGCGGCGCUAAAAUUUUAUCUACGUUAAGAUUAGAUUUCUUCGGCACUUUUCCCAGUUAACAAUAAAUAGGGGCGUAAUAACGUCACGGGAUAUAAAGGGGCAUAGUUGAUAACUUUUCAGAGAUGUUACUAUGUAAUGAAAUGUUAUGUAAUAACUACUAUUGGAUGUAUCGAUGUACUAUUGGAUGUAUGGAUAUCUUACCAUAUGCUGUUUUCAGUUUUUAUAUUAUUUUUAGUUUAAAGUUGUUAGAAAUUAUUUAAUGUAUUUGCUGUGCUUUCCGCAACUUUAGAGAUGGUUAGAAUUUCUGAGUACAUUUGCGUAAGAGGUAAGCAAUAAGAAAAUUCUAUUUUUUAUUACCGCAAGUACAUUUAUGUUAUUAAUUGACUUUUUUUGUCACAUUAAUAAAUAUUUAUAUAAAUGUA